GGCGGCGGCUGCGCAGGAGGAAGCGAGGGCCGCCGCGGGUCCGGGCGGCGGGCGCCAUGGGCCGCCUGCACUGCACGCAGGACCCGGUGCCCGAGGCCGUGGGCGGCGACAUGCAGCAGCUGAACCAGCUGGGCGCGCAGCAGUUCUCAGUCCUCACAGAAGUGCUUUUCCGUUUCCUGACUGAACCCAAAGAGGUGGAGCGCUUUCUGACCCAGCUCUCUGAAUUUGCCACCAGCAAUCAGAUUAGUCUUGGACCCCUUAGGAGCAUUGUGAAAAGCCUCCUUCUGGUUCCAAAUGGUGCCUUGAAGAAGAGUCUCUCAGCUGAGCAGGUCCGGGCUGACUUCAUAACCCUGGGUCUCAGUGAGGAGAAAGCCACUUACUUUUCUGAAAAGUGGAAGAAGAACGCCCCCACCCUGGCUCAUUGGGCCAUAGGUCAGACUCUGAUGAUUAACCAGCUUAUAGAUAUGGAGUGGAAAUUUGGAGUGACAUCUGGGAGCAGUGAGCUGGAGAAAGUGGGAAGUAUUUUUUUACAAUUAAAGUUGGUGAUUAAGAAAGGAAAUCAAACUGAAAAUUUGUACAUAGAAUUAACCUUGCCUCAGUUCUACAGCUUCCUGCACGAAAUGGAGCGAGUCCGAACCAGCAUGGAGUGUUUCAGCUGACUUCUGUCCCCCAGCCUUCCCUGCCCCCUUUCCUCGCUGGGUGACCGCUCAGAGGCACCUUGCUUCAGCCCUGUGGGGCGCUCCAUUCGGCCCUUGCUUCUUGGGAGCCCAGGUGCAAAGGUUUCUGAAAAACAACAGGAUUAAGUACUUAAAAAGGCCUACACAAUUACCCUGCAAACUCUUUGUUAAGAAACAUCCACCUCCUAUCUCCAGGAAACUUUUUAAGAUAUUCAGACAGAGUUCAGCAGCUCCCGUUCAGGGGAGGAAACAAGUUGAGUCACCAUCAAACUUCCAGAGUCGAGGAAUGGUGCCAUCUCUCCAAAUGCAAACCCCUCAAAAGCGCCAGGGCUUGGCCACGGCGGACUGCAUGACACUGGUAGGGGCGUCUGAAUGACCUGGGGUUGGGGGACACCCAGCCGUAUUGCUGCAUACUGUGAGGUGGUGGUGCAUUGCUUACCGGUUUUUAAUGGGGAACUGUGUAUCAACACAUGCUUGGUCCACUGUAAAAAGAAGUGAGGCUGCAUUCUGUCUUCAUUCCAGGUUCUGCCCUGUUGUUUUGUAAUAAAGUAACCCUUUUCAGGCUGUGUUGGCUUGUUUUGGUUCAGGCUGACUUUAUUGCUUAGAUGAUGAAUAAAAAGGUUCUGAAGGAAAGGUUGGCAUCUAGUUGUCUUUAUGCAUGGAUUAAACUAGGUGCUCUUCAAAAAUUCUCUUCCUGAUUUUGGUGAAGGCCCUGGGUCUUCAGUGAAAUUGGCUGUAGUCCAAAGUUGGAAUCCUGGGGCCUCCCUGGUGGCACAAGGGGUUAAGUCUCAGCAC